AUGAGGGCCGAAGAUGGACGAUGUGAUGGGCGGGGCGUAAGGCGAACGCAGUGCAAUGGAUAUGGAGUAGUGACGAAUCCUGUCCGAGCUUUUGCUGUAGGUCGAAAAGGUCGAACAGAGCUGUGUUUAAGGAAAACAGGCCUCGGCGAAGAUCCUGGCAACCACAUCAGGCGACGGUACCAUCCGAUGCCGACUAUGAAAAUCCUUGGGCUUUUUCCUAUUCGGGCUAGCCGCACCAUCCUUCUCUCGGACUUCCUUCCACCAGGAUCAGAAGAUAUGAUCACUAUCUAUUGUAUAAUACAUAUGUUGAUCGCUGCGAUGGUGAGCUCGAUCCAGCUAUUUGCUAACGAAAUAUUGACAAAAGAACUGAGAUAUGGAUUACCAGAAGGACACGUGCAAGAAACUCUUUCCCGUUUGAGCUUUGUAUACAAAACGAAGAUGGCUGACGAAAUCCUUCUGGUAUAUCCACGCUUUUCAAACAUAAUGAGGAAAUUGGAGAAAAUCUACUUGAAUCGCUUCAACAAUCUCGGAAUCGAUGAGCUGACAUUCUUUCUUGAGACCUACCCUGACUUUCUCUCAUCGUACAUUGUCACAGUAAUACCAAAAACUGAAAAAGAGGGGAAUGUUUGUCCUGAAUGGCAGGCUCUUGGAAAAGAUGCUAAGGCGAAUUUUAUACAAAAUUUUCCAUACAGAGCAAAACGCAUAAUGCAACGUUGCGAAUGA